AUGAUUCAAGAAGCCGACAUCGGAAUCGGAAUCAGUGGAGUUGAGGGAAUGCAGGCGAUUAUGUCGAGCGACAUCUCAAUUGCUCAAUUCCGGUUUUUGGAACAAUUGCUAUUAGUCCAUGGACAUUGGUCUUACCGAAUAAUUUCUUCAAUGUUAAAAAUUCUGAUGCCACACCGCUUCAUUUUGGACUCCCUGUAUCCACCCACAAACAUAGUUACCCUCUGCAUUAUCUGCCGAUUCUCAUUUUCUAAUCGCAAUUAUUCGUCGACAGUUUCAUCGGUUUGUAAUUCAUUCAUCUCCCUUCUCUUGCAUCACCAAUUUGCGAUCGUCGAAACCCUAAUCUUCCAUCAUCAACAAUUAACAACCGUCAGUUACAAUAAAGGCAGUUCCUGUUGUGUUUUUUCACCGUCAAGAUUGGUUCAAGAUGUUGGGAUGAGUGAUGCAACUCAGUUGACUUGGGGACUUGUGAAUGACAUGUAUAAGAUGGAUCUAAUUCUGGUGCAUUCACCACAUCUGAUUGGAUUAGCCUGUAUUUAUGUAGCCAGUAUGCUCAAGGAGAUAGAGAACGAUGCUUGGUUUGAAGAUCUAAGAGUUGACAUGAAUAUGAGGGGUGAAGCUAAAUUAUUGACAAAAGAUUGGGAGGGAGCUAUUGUUGCUGAUAUAAAAUCUGUUGCAAAAAUAUCUCCUCGGAUUUUGGGUGUAGGAUUCAAAUAA